AUGGGAAGGAAGAAAUUAUUGUACAAUUCUUUUCUUGCAGGCUCAGAAAUAUCCGUUUAUUCUUUUAACCACACGGAUGUGUCUAUUUUUGGAGGAACAAGGAAACAUAUAAAAUGCCUGGGUUGCAUUUAUACUGUAGUUGCAAACACCGAACAGUUAAGAAGAUUUUGCCAAAUUUUGCAAAGGAGCCAACAAACCACCUUGGGAUCCUGGUAAUGCAGUUGGGAAGACCCUUGCUCUCAUUUGGCAAUAUUUUGGAUAUCCUUGGAAAUGAUACCAAAAUAUGCUUUAACUCGACUAAGAAGAGGUUAAACAACAUUGAUAUUCAUCCAAAGUGAUUUUUUUUUAAAGCAGAUGCUUGGCUUUCACGGAGAAAAUGGGAGUUGUGGAAGAUUCAUUUGAACUACCAACCGAAAGCAUCAUAGACCACUGAAAUAGUCUGCGUCCUACAUCAGCACUUUCUUUUCAUCGUUAUUACGUAAAACCUCUGGAAGCACCUUGGGCGUUUUACAUUUUCUUUUCUUUGCUGCAGAAACAAUCUGCUCCCUGGAAUUCUGACCUGUUGUCAACAGGACCCAGGCAGACCGUGCUGGGGACUCUAGGACGAUCCCGCCUCCAAUCCAGCCUGGUUAAUUGUGAAAAGUGUACACAUUUCUGGCUUAUCUAUGCUUUGUUAUGGGUCUGACGUGAAACUACCUCCUCCCCACCCCACCCCCCAGCAGAGAACCAAAAUCCAGUCGAAUUGUUACAGUGUUUCGGAGCUGGAGCCUUGAACUGCUUCCUUGGUCAAAUAACUUUGUUUCUGGUUGUAAAAGGCAUUUCAGGAAAAAAAAAAAAAAAAAAAAAGGAAAAUCGAGAGAAAUUCAAAACCAGGAUGCCUUGAGACACACGCAGCAUCUGGUGGAGGAUUAACAUACAUACAUGUGUAUGUAUGCGUCACGUAUAUAUUUACUGCAAAUGGUGGGGAUCAUUUAGUGCCCGAGAUGGGAGACCUGAAGUCAGGUUUUGAAGAGGUGGAUGGCGUGAGGCUCGGCUACCUCAUCAUUAAAGGAAAGCAAAUGUUUGCCCUCUCCCAAGUCUUUACGGAUCUGCUGAAAAACAUCCCGAGGACGACCGUGCACAAGCGCAUGGAUCAUUUGAAAGUGAAAAAGCACCACUGCGAUCUGGAGGAGUUGAGGAAACUCAAGGCAAUCAACAGCAUCGCCUUCCACGCCGCCAAAUGCACGCUCAUCUCUCGGGAAGACGUGGAAGCUCUCUACACCUCCUGCAAAACCGAGCGUGUCCUCAAGACCAAGCGCAGGAGGGUCGGCCGGGCCCUGGCCACAAAGGCGCCGCCGCCAGAGCGCGCCGCCGCCGCCGCCAGCCCCCGCCCGGGUUUUUGGAAGGACAAGCACCAACUUUGGCGGGGCCUGAGCGGAGCCGCGCGGCCCCUGCCAAUCAGCGCGCAGUCCCCGCGCCCGGGCGCCGCCGCCGCGCGCCCCGCCGCCCAUCUACCUCAGAUUUUUAGCAAAUACCCGGGCUCGCACUAUCCGGAAAUCGUGCGCUCGCCUUGCAAACCCCCUCUAAACUAUGAAACUGCCCCGCUCCAGGGAAACUACGUUGCUUUCCACUCGGACCCUGCUUAUUUUCGGAGCCUGCUGUGCAGCAAGCACCCGGCCGCCGCCGCCGCCGCCGCCGCCGCUGCUGCCGCCGCCGCCGCCGCCGCCGCUGCCGCCUACUACCAGGCGUCGGCGGCCGGGCCCCAGCCCAAGGCGGCGGCGGGCGCGGGAGGCCCGGUGAGCCUGACCUACCGGUGCAAGCGCAAGCGCGGGGGCGCCAAGGACUGCCUGCUCGCGCCCCACGCCGGUGCCCGCCGCCUGCUGCUGCUGCCCAGGUCCUACAAAGCCAAGGCGGCGGCCGCGGCGGCGGCGGCAGCGGCGGCGGCGGCGGCGGCCGCGGGGGCCACUUGCCUGGAGAGGUUUCAUCUGGUUAACAGCUUCUGCACGCCUCCCCACCACCACCACCACCACCAUCACCACCACCACCACCACCACCACCACCACCGGGCCCAGCAGCCGCCGCCGAAUCACCACCCCCCACAUCACCACCGGCCGCAGCCCCAUCUCGGCAGCUUUCCCGAGAGUUGCAGCAGCGACUCGGAGUCCAGCUCCUACUCGGACCAUGCAGCCAACGACUCAGAUUUUGGCUCCAGUUUGUCCAGCUCCAGCAACUCGGUGUCCUCGGAGGAAGACGAGGAGGAGGGAGAAGAGGAGGAGGAGGAAGAGGAGGAGGAGGAGGAGGAGGGGGGCAGUGGGGCCUCGGAUUCCAGCGAAGUCAGCUCGGAGGAGGAGGACUCGUCCACGGAGUCGGACUCCAGCUCCGGCUCCAGCCAAGUGUCAGUGCAGAGCAUCCGUUUCAGACGCACCAGCUUCUGCAAGCCUCCCAGCGUGCAGGCGCAGGCCAACUUCUUGUACCAUCUGGCCUCCGCAGCCGCUGCAACCAAACCCGCUGCUUUCGAGGAUGCGGGCAGACUUCCCGACCUCAAGAGUAGUGUCAAAGCGGAGUCGCCGGAGGAAUGGAAUCUGCAGAGCUGGGCCCCCAAAGCGUCUCCGGUGUACUGCCCGGCCGGCCUGGGGAGUUGUUUCACAGAGAUAAGGAACGAUAGGGUAUCUGAGAUUACAUUCCCACACUCUGAAAUUUCCAGUACUGUAAAGAGAACUGACCUGACAAUUAACUGCCUGGCGGAGGGGGCCUCUUCACCUAGCCCAAAGACAAACAAUGCAUUUCCACAACAAAGAAUACUCCGAGAGGCAAGGAAAUGCCUACCAGCAAGUCCUACGGCACACUGUGCAGAUAACAACACAAUAGCUGCUAGGUUCUUAAAUAAUGAUUCUUCAGGAGCGGCCUCAAAUUCAGAGAAAGAUUCCAAAAUCCCUCAUUGUGCUGAAUUUGCUACGGAUUUGUCCCCUUCACACGCGGAUUCUGCAGUGGAUGCAGCAGCAGCAACUAAAGCUGAGACUCCCUGCACGAACACAGGAGACAAGACCUUGCUAUUUCUGCACAAUAUUAAAAUCAAAGUAGAAGACAGUAGUGCUAAUGAAGAAUAUGAACCUGACCUUAUUACAAAUAAGCUUAAGUGCGAGUGCAAUGAUACAAAGGGUGAGUUUUACAGUGUGACUGAAAGUAAAGAGGAGGACGCCUUGUUAACCACAGCCAAGGAAGAAGGCUUUGCAUGCCCUGAAAAAGAAACUCCUUCCUUAAAUCCACUGGCUCAGAGUCAGGGCCUUUCAUGCACUUUAGGUUCUCCAAAACCUGAGGAUGGGGAAUAUAAAUUUGGUGCCAGGGUGAGAAAAAAUUACCGGACACUAGUACUGGGAAAGCGACCUGUACUUCAGACACCUCCAGUCAAACCAAAUUUGAAAUCAGCUAGAAGUCCUCGUCCUACAGGUAAAACUGAGACACAUGAAGGAACACUGGAUGAUUUUACAGUUAUAAACAGACGCAAAAAGGUAGCCAGCAAUGUAGCAUCAGCAGUGAAAAGGCCAUUUAAUUUCAUGGCAAAUUUUCCUUGUCCACCAUCACUCAUUAUUGGGAAGGAUGGGGAUUUGUGGCCGGCGUAUUCCUUAAACACCACUAAGGAUUCCCAACCUCCUCACAAGGCCCAUCCUAUAUGGAAAUGGCAGCUGGGCGGUUCUGCAAUACCUCUUCCACCUAGUCACAAAUUCAGGAAAUUUAAUUCAUAAAAGUGUUUUGGAAGAUAUUUUCUUGAACCCUAUUACCUUCCUUUUGUUGUAAACUGCACAGGAUGGUUUGUACAAGUCCAUUAAUGUGUUACACCCCUUUUGGAGCCCUGGUUUAUCGCAUUUUGAAGACAGAAAUCGGAUUACUUUUUUCCCAUUGCGGGUUUUUUUGGGGGGGGGGGAGUAGGAUGGGGGCGGGGUGGGAGAAGGGUUGGUUUACAUUCCACAGACUACUUCAGGCUAAAGACUCAAGUAAAACUCAGUUAUUAAGGUAGAGCUGGAACACUUUACUGUUUCAAAGCUAAUAAUGCACCCGGUACCUCAAUUCAACUGCUACAAAUAAAUGUCAAAAGGUUGAAUAAUAAAUAUUACAAUGAGCCAUUAAGUUUAUGCACUAGAUUUCAGACCUGAAAGUGUAACUGUUAAUUCAGUGAAAGUUUGUUAGGUUACAUGGUUACAUAGUGAGGUAGAAAGAAGUUUCUGUGAUCCCAAAAUGUUCUUUUCUGGAGCUCUUGUUUGUGGGAUAUCUUUUCCUUUUCCUUCCCUCAUUCCUUCUCCAAGAGUAGUUGCACUUAAUUUUCCUUCCUUCUUUCCUUCCUUCCGUCCAUCCUUCCUUUCUUUCUUUUUUUUUUGAGUGGAAAGACUGGGGAGUCCUGCUUGAAUGCUGGUAAAAGCUGCCUCGUAUAUACUGAGUAAAAUAAAUAUGAGAUUGCUUUUUUUUUUUUUUCCGGUAAAGGGUGUGAUUUUACUUCUACAGCUACUCCUUGCAAUUGGAAAAGCCCUUUUUGUGUUCUCACCCAAAGGUUUUAAAUAAGGUGACUCUUACUCACUGUUGUCCUGCUUACCUUGUGGUCUGACUCCUCAAGUUUGACUCCUCAAACUUGCAAAACAAAGUAGUUCUCUUAAUAGCAGGAUAUUUUAUGGUCUGACUCUUCAUAGUGACAAAGCAGUAAAUACAACCAAGAAAAGUAAAAUGGGUCAGAGUUGUAGGAGUAUCCCAAAUGAAAAAUUACAGUUCUUUCAGGGCUCUUUGGUACCAGAACUCAGGCACUAGGAUCUUACUACCUUUUACUUUUUCUGCAUCUCUCUAAACUUCUGUUUUUAGACCAUCCUGUGAAUAAAGCAGGAGAGUUUCUACUGCAAGUGACAAUCAGAGGUGACUAUCUAUAUUUGCACUUAAAAUCAAAGUAGUUCAACAUGCAAAUGGCUAGGGUCUAGCCCUUGGUAAGGGCCAUGCUGGUGUACUAUGUUGUGAUGAUGGAAGCAGUAAAUCAAAAUUAUGGAAAUUUGCACUGUUGAAAAGCAUGCUUUAGCUUUAUUUUCAAUUAAAAACACUGUUUAAAAUUCCUGGUUCCAUACAUUUCUACUUAUUCCAGAUUGAAGAACGGCUAACAGGAAUGAAUGGUUUUGUUGACAUUUUCAUUUGUAAUGUUUUUGCCUGAAAGAAAUGCAUUUAUUGGGUGUAGUGUUUUGUUGUAAUACCAUGUGAUGAGGGCAGUCAGGUUCUGUGCAAAACACUGAUUUCUUUCUAAAUAACAACAAAACUUUACAAACUUGUUACAAAUCAAGUGCAAAAGUUUCAGGUUUAAGAAAGUGAAGCAGAGAUCAAUUGCUAUUUUAAUGAAAGUUAAAUCUAAUAAUAUUUGGUCCACCUCCCUAAGUCUGUCCAAUUAAAUUGUAUCUUAGAUCUUUGCCACCGUAAACCUAAGAAGUUGCAUCUAUAGAUCAUAAAUCAUAAAACAAAACAAAACAUCAAUAAGAUGUUUACUGUGUGAAUUUAGUCACUAUCUCUCAAGGAAAUUCAGUCUUUUUUUUUUUUUUUCUUCUGCCCUUAUCCUAAUUCCUACUCCCUUUGAAAUUUUUCUUUUGUCUAUAAAUGUUUCAGAUAGAUCUGGAUGGUCUCAGCUCUAAUUGCUGUAUAUGCUCUGUGGUUCUACUCUUACUGUAAAGGACAGAGGCUGAGAAUACCUGCAUCCAAAUACAUUUGGAUGGAGUAAACAGAGGCUUUGAACUGCCUCCCUUCCUUUCCUUCUUGAAUGUUGCCAGAUGUAGGUUCACUGGAUCCUUUUUUAUUGGGAUGAUAGAUAUGGUCAAAGCAAAAAUUGGGGGAUGCUAUCCUUGAAUUCAUGUUUGUGUAUAAUUCCAAAGACCAGUACAAGUUACAGUUAAAGCCCCCAGAAAGCUGAACAAUUGGCUUCUCAGUCUGAGUUCUUUCCUCUUUGGAAGGCCAUACAGAAUUUGGGUGCAGUGAUUUGUCCUGCAAAAUCAAUCUGUAAAAAGUGUGACAUGCACACACUGGCAGUCUGUAAUUUCUAUUCUUUAAUUACUGCUAAGUCAGGAGAGUUCAAAGUAUGAUGAGUACUACAUUUAGGCUAGUACUUUUCUUGCUGGCUAUGGAAUCAUUGUUCCUGUAUUAUAAACUGAGAAUAUAUUUGAAGCCUACAGAUCUUGGGUGUGGGAGGACUGCUAGAUGGAAUAAGCACAAUUUAGAACAAAUAUACCCUGUGGAAUUUCUGACAUAAAAUAUCGGCUUCCAGCUUUGACACUUGGUCUCCAGCCCUCAGAGAAUCAAUAGUUUCAGUUUAUAGGAGCUGGAGAAUGAGCAGCAUGGAGGCCGAGGCAUUCCAGAGUGAUACCAUCAAAAGGAAAGAAAUUAAAUAGUCAACACAAAUUUCACCCCACAGUACUACAACAAGCCAGCCAACCACAGCAAAACCUGAGUUGGGGCUUCUGUUAGGAGAGUAUAGCAAAUAGUAUUCAGUAACUUACAAAUACAAGGUAUUCUUUCAAUUUCUGGUAGUCCCUUAGCUGUUUUCCCAUUCUGCUGAGGGAAUUAUUCUCAGUACAGUUUAUUUCAUUUUGGUUGUUUUAUGGUUAAUGACCACAUCUAGAUUUUCUAAGAUGCUAUAAAUGUCCCAUUUGUUCAAAAAGUUAAGCCUAAUUGAGAGAAAAACAAAGUUACCUCCAUUGAUAGAUUGCAUUUUUACAUUUAAAUGUUUUCAGGUGAUAGCAUUUUUUUAAAAAGGCAUUACAUGGUUCCAGAGUCACUUAGUCCUCUGUCUAAAGCUCAACACUCACAAACAGAAGGAAAAUACAGAAAAGGGCUCCUCCUCUGACUUUUUGGGGAAACAAGCUUAUUUUUGGUCUCCUGUAACAUAGUUUCCUGAUAAGACUCUGAAAUGAAGACUUAAUUAUUUUUUAAAAGAGAUGUGUGUUCUCUGUCUUCCAUAGUCAGGUUAUCUGCCUUCUUAGAAAAUGCAGCUUGCUCUUUUUCAACUAUUUACUUUUUAAAGUGGGUGUUCUUUUCUACUGGCUUACUUGAUUACAGUGCAGUAAUCUCAAUAAUGGUUGUUUAUUUUAAAAUCAACAACAAGGAGCCACCACUAAACAGCAAUAACACAAACUAGAUGGGCUGGUGUGUGGAUUUUUAUCUUAUCUGUGUCUGGGUGACUUUCAGUGGUCUAGAAAUUUUUCAAAGUUCCGGUCACAAGAAUUGGAAGUUUCUGCCUGAUAGGAGAAUGAUAGUUUUGUUUGAAUGCAGGAAAAGAUAUAGACUAAUUCCUCAAAAGCAUUUUUUUUCCUUUCAGAGAAAACAAAAACAAAAAUCCUCCAGGGUAAAAAGCAAAAACAAAACCCUCACAUUUAAAAAAAUAAAGCAUUAGUAUCUACAAAAGAUAGAAAAUGUGGUGAGUUUUGCUUCACCUUGAAAAUAACUUCCUGCUGAUAAAGGAUGUGAAAAGGGAGUUUCCUAGAGCCAAACUAGGGGGGACAAAUUAAAGGCUCCCCAUCAACUAACCUCAGGAAAUUGACAAGGAGGAACAGGGCAUCCACCUUAGGGAGUCCCCUGGUCACCCAGGUCUUCCCUAGGACUUUGCCCUGCCCUGGAAGAAAGAAGUAUUUUUAAUGCUAGCUUUGGUUUUGGUUUGCUCUCUAGGCC